GACUGGGUCUAACUGUGCUUCUGCCCCAGGAGUUGCUUCAGGGAGACCCCCCUUAGCAAGGAAAAGCUUCCAGCCCUCUGAGCAGAAAGGAAGCCAGAGAUCUCCUCCCCAGUCCUGCUGCUCUGCAGGGCUCACAUCCCCUCAGCAGACCCAGGCUCCCCAUCCACAGGAGGCAUCCACCAAACAGGCACAAAUCCACUUGGCUUGGCUGCAAAACUUCAUCCACACACAGCAGAAUGUUUAAAAAAGUCACCAGAUACAUUGUAAGUCAAAUGGAUCCAAACAAAGAAUUGGCACCUGUCGAGAGCAGCGCAGACCAGGAGUACUUCAGACCCCCCUAUCUUCUGAUACAAAAAAGAAAACAAAAUAACGUAUUCCGCUCAGAUCCCUACUACCAGUGCACAGAGUUCAAACUGGACAGUGUGCUGCUGCCUGGAGAAGAUGGGAAAAGCACAGAGUCCCUCCUUCCCUCGGGAGAUGGUUCCAGCCAGUUCGAUCUCUCAGAUAUCAAUAUUGACCAAAUCAAGGGAGAUAUCAGCGUUAGCGUUAAUGGUGCAAGUGUGGAGCUGAAAGGAAGUGGCUCCUUGUCCCAGGCAUUUUCCAUCAAGCUGCAGAAGAAGGCCAUACCAAUGGACUUACUGGAGGCAGUGAGAAAAAAUAGAAAAAUCAACAUGGAUCACUCCUUCAUCCAACAGCUCCAGAGGACAGGCGCCGAUUUGUUCUUGGUUUAUGAAAUCCUGGAAGCCUCAGAGGAGACCGUCUAUAAGGAAGACACCAAGGCAGAGUUGAGCUUCUUAGCCAAGAUUUUCGCCAAGUUCUUUGGAGAGGGCUCCACAGAGCACAUAGAAAGCAUAGUCAUACCCAAGGGCUGCACCCUGGCCUUCAGGGCCAUCCAGAUGAACAUUAGCAAAGGAGAAUGGGAACUGUCUUAUUUUAAAGAAGAUCCAACUUCAGUGAAAGGUAUCUCCUUUUUAGAGAUCCCAACACCAAAAUUAGGUGCAGUGGACAGAGAAGUUAAACAAUACUGUGGCAUUUUCUCUGAGUUGCCUUCUGGCCUGCGGGUCAUGUUCUUAAACACCAUCACAGCUGUGAUGAGAGACAGGAACCUCUUUCAAGAGCUCAGCCAGAAGAUGGAAGGAGUUCUUGAGAAAACUGAUGGUUAUGAGCUGAAAACUGAAAGCCCAGACUUAAAAGACCUGUUGAGCACCUUAAAGAAUUCUCCAAGAGAUCGUUGUCUUCAGCUGGCAAAGGGAAUAACCUACACCCUCGAUGCUUUGGCUGAGCUACUGGACAAUCAGCUGCUGCUGCUGCUGGAAUCCUUGGAAAGGAAGAUUGUGUCCCAACAGCUGCAGCUGGUUGGAAAACUCCUGGAGCACGAGCUGAAGAAGGUGGAUAUGCCGUUCCGUGUGGACACCAGCCUGCUCUCCUUCCCACAGCAGGAGGAUCAGACCUUAACCAUGGCCCUGGUGGAGCUGAGCAGAGUGAAGCUCCGGGAAGAUGGAUCAGCUGAGCCCAUGGAAUGGCCCUUUGAGGUCGUGGCCGCCCUGUACGUGGCCCUGUACGUCCUCAGCCUCCUCAGUGGCCCCAAGUAGGCACCUGGCCCUGCCCAGGGAACCCCUCCCCAAGCUGCUGGGAAACCUCUGCCCACCAGCCACUUCUCUCCCCCAGUGUCAUCUUUGUUAAUGCUCAAGGCUGCUUUGGCUGCAAAAAGCAAACUUAAGGCAGGAAAGCUCAUUAUGGAUGCAAAAGGCUGGAUAUCAAAGUGGAUUUCUCUGGCUGUCCCCCAUUGAAAGCAGAGGGACAACCAGAAAAUCCACGAGCCCAAAUAAUCACAGGCCUGGCAGCUGUGCCUCGUGUGCUUCCCUAAAAACGCUGCUGCUUCUGCAAUCCAUGAAUGGGAAAAGGAAAGGCAAGGGAAAAGGAAUGCAAAGGGAAAGGCAAGGGAAAUGCAAAGGGAAAGGGGAAAAAAAUGCAAUGGAAACAAAAGCCAAAGGAAAAGACCUGCAGUGGUCCACUUACCCUGGUCCCCCCUGGGGGUCCUGAGGGGCUCCAUGAGCUGCUGGUGGCACAAAGGUGGGGGGAUCCCAGGGCUUUCACCCACCCUUCCCUGCUCCCAGCACUGCCAUCACCCACAGGCUGCUCCAGGGACAUGGGGCAGUGCUUCAGAUACAAUUUAAAUACUCUCAUUAUCGCUUUAUAAAUAAAGAGGAGCUUCUUGCUGAGCAA